AUGGCAUUUGUAGCACCAUAUAUGGCAUUUGCAGCACCAUAUAUGGCAUUUGUAGCACCAUAUAUGGCAUUUAUAGCACCAUAUACGGCAUUUGUAGCACCAUAUAUGGCAUUUGCAGCACCAUAUAUGGCAUUUGCAGCACCAUAUAUGGCAUUUGUAGCACCAUAUAUGGCAUUUGUAGCACCAUAUAUGGCAUUUGUAGCACCAUAUACGGCAUUUGUAGCACCAUAUAUGGCAUUUGUAGCACCAUAUAUGGCAUUUGCAGCACCAUAUACGGCAUUUGCAGCACCAUAUAUGGCAUUUGUAGCACCAUAUAUGGCAUUUGUAGCACCAUAG